AUGCGUGCCCAUCGGAAGGAGCACAUUCUCCAGAUCCAGAUCCAGAUCCCGCAGCAGCAGCAGCACCAUCAGCUGAUCGCACCCAAGAUGCCGCUGGGCAACAGCCAACUCCAGAACAUUCUGCCAUCCACCCAAUCCCAGUCCCAAUCCCAGUCGCAGUCCCAGCUGGGUCCAAUGAUGAAGAAGAAGUACAACUACAACACGAUGCCCUACGGCGAACAGCUGCCCUCGGUGGCCAGGAGGAAUGCCCGGGAGCGCAACCGGGUCAAGCAGGUGAACAACGGAUUCGUCAAUCUCCGCCAGCAUCUGCCCCAGAGCGUGAUCAACUCGCUGUCGAGCGGCGGUCGCGGGGCCAGCAAGAAGCUGUCCAAAGUGGACACCCUCCGCAUCGCCGUGGAGUACAUCCGCGGGCUGCAGGACAUGCUGGACGAUGGCACCGGCACCGGUCCCCGUCGUCACAUUUACAACUCGGCGGACGAGAGCAGCAACGACAGCUACAAUGACUUCGACAACGGCAGCCUGGAGGACGACAGCAGUCCCCAGCAGCAGUUCCUGGUGGGUCAGCUCAACUCCUACCACUCCGCCUCGCCCACGCCCUCGUACUCCGGCUCCGAUGUGUCCGGCUCCAACUGCAACUCCAACUCCCACUCCCACUCCCACUCCGGCUCCAUGGGCUAUGUGAAGCAGGAGCUGCCCGAGCACGACCUCAAGUUCGAGUCCUUCGACAGCUUCAGCGACGAGCAGCCCGACGACGAGGAGCUCCUCGACUACAUCUCGUCGUGGCAGGAACAGUGA